AUGGCGCUCCUCCGGCAAACAUGGACGCUGGUGCUGAAGAACUGGCUGAUUGUGCUGGGGAGGCACAGUUUUGCGACGGUGAUCCGGGCACUCGUGCUGCCCGUCAUCCUCACGGCCUUCCUGAGCUUCGCCAAGAACCUCUUCUCGCCGUCGGCACGGUUCGGCAUCAGCCCUGCGCAGCCGAUCCGCUCUCUGCCCGACGCGCUGCAGCUGGCACAGGGAAGCGGCAGGGAGCACGUCGUGUUUGUGCACAACGGCUACACGGGGGGCGACAUUGAGCGCGUCAUCGGCGACCUGGCGGACACGGUGAGGGGCGCGGGCACGAACGCGACGGUCCUGGCCAGCGAGGACGACGUCCCCUACAUCUGCCGCGCGUCGCUCCGCGGCGUCACGCCGUGCUAUGGCGCCGUCAUCUUCCACGGCUCUCCCACCGAGGGCGGAGGCGGCGUGUGGAACUACACGCUCCGCGCCGACGCCUCGCUGGGCGCCGGGCGCAUCAACGUCGACAGGGACACCAACGACGGCCAGGUCUACAUGCUGCCCAUGCAGCACGCCGUGGACUCGGCCAUCUCGCGGCGGAACAACGGCACCGACGGCGGCGCGGUGGCGCUUCCCGCGGCCGUCGACCAGUACCCCUUCACGACGCUCACGCAGGACGAGCUCGCCGACCGGAUCCGCGUCAACUACCAGGCCGUCAUCAUGAACGCGCUGGGCGUCGUCUUCAUCGUGUGCAUCAUCGGCAUCGUCUACCACAUGGCCGGCUUCAUCGCCACGGAGCGCGAGUCGGGCAUGUCGACGCUGCUGGAGGCCAUGAUGGCGACCCGGAGCCGGUGGCAGCCCCAGGCGGCCCGGCUGCUGUCGUACCACGUGUCGUUCUCGCUGCUGUACGCGCCGGCUUGGGUCAUCGCGGCGCUGAUCCUGUGGGGCGGCGUCUUCCCGCACACGAGCGCGGCCGUCAUCGUGCUGUACUUCAUCUUCUCCGGGCUGGCGCUGGGCUCCAUGUCGAUCCUCGGCGCCGCCUUCUUCAAGAAGUCGCAGCUGAGCGGCGUGUCGCUCACCAUCAUCUACAUCGUGCUGGCCAUCAUCGCGCAGGUCAUCAGCUGGCCGCAGACGGGCACCGUCAUCGCGCUGAGCCUGCUCUUCACUCCGUGCAACUUUACCUACUUCAUCUCGCUGCUCGCCCGCUGGGAGCAGCAGCUGUGGCCGACCGACCUGCUCCAGCCGCCGCCCACCAGCCCCUGGAGCCUCCCCGGCAUCGUCUUCUUCGUCUUCCUCGGCGUGCAGGUCGUCUUCUACCCGGUCCUCGGCGCCCUGGUCGAGCGAUGGCUGCACGGCACCACCUCGAGCGGGCGUAACAUCGUCGUGGGCGAGGACCGCGGCGGCCUCGGCGCGGACUGCGCCGUCCAGCUCGACGAGUUUACCAAGGUCUACAAGCCCGGCAUCCUCCGCCGCAUGUUCGGCUUCCUCUCCAAGCCCAAAGAACCCGUGGUGGCGGUCAACAAGCUCACGCUGCGCGCGCACCGCGGCCAGAUCCUCGCGCUGCUCGGCGCCAACGGCAGCGGCAAGAGCACGACGCUCGACACCAUCGCGGGCAUUAACCGGGCCAGCAGCGGGCGCAUCACCAUCGACGGCACGGGCGGGCUGGGCAUCGCGCCGCAGAAGAACGUGCUGUGGGACGAGCUGACCGUGUUCGAGCACAUCCGCAUCUUCAACAAGCUCAAGUCGCCGCUCCGCCACGCGACGGCGGACGAGAUCCGCCAGCUCGUGCUCGCCGUCGACCUCGAAACAAAGAUCAAGGCGCAGUCGCGCACGCUGUCGGGCGGCCAGAAGCGCAAGCUGCAGCUGGGCAUGAUGCUCACGGGCGGCAGCGCCGUGUGCUGCGUCGACGAGGUCUCUUCGGGGCUCGACCCGCUCAGCCGCCGCAAGAUCUGGGAUAUCCUGCUGGCGGAGCGCGGGCGGCGGACCAUGAUCCUGACCACCCACUUCCUGGAUGAGGCCGAUCUGCUGGCCGACUACAUCGCCGUCAUGUCCAAGGGCAACCUGCGCGCCCAGGGCACGUCGGUCGAGCUGAAGGACCGGCUGGGCGGCGGGUACCGGAUCCACGUGAACACCCCGAAGCUGAUCCCGCGGCUACCCGAUAUCGCAGGGGUGAGGAAGAAGGCGACGCAUGAGGAGGCUGCGUACGUUGCGAGCACUUCGGCGAAGGCUGCCGUGGUGAUCCGCGAGCUGGAGGCGGCGGGUAUUUCGGACUACCGGUUUUCGGGCCCGACGAUCGAGGAUGUGUUCUUGCAGCUUGCGGAGGAGGUCCGGGGUGAGGGUGGCGGUGGCGGUGUUCUCCGCUCGGCGGACGAGAAGUCGUCAGAGGAGAAGGCGACCGUGGCCGAGGCCACCGAAGCGGAAAAGGGCCUCGAGCUCAUGUCGGGCCGGCCGAUCGGGUUCCUGCGGCAGACGUGGGUGCUGUUCCUCAAGCGGUGCGUCAUCUUCAAGGGCAACUGGUUCCCGUCCAUGGCGGCGUUUGUGAUCCCCGUUGCCGCGGCCGGCCUGGUGAUGCUCUUCGUCCGGCACCAACAAGCGGCCGGGUGCUCGCCGGGCGACCAGUCGACGAGGGAGACGGCCAUCAAUAUCUUUGACGACUUCGAGCUGUUCCUGGUCGGGGGCCCGCCGGACAAGUUCAGCGAGUCGACCCUGAUGCGCCUCUUCGCGCCCAUCUACCUCAGCUCCAUGGGAAUAAUGGGAGACAGCGGCAAUGCGCUGGCUGCGCGGGCUGCGGCCAGCCCUGCUGGCUUCUUCAAGAACCUGACGCUCGUCAACUCGUUCGACGAGUUCAACCACGCGGUCGUGCAGUACCGCAGGAACAUCACGCCGGCCGGCAUCUGGCUCGGCGACGACCACUCCCGCCCGACGCUCGCGUACAUGGGCAACGGCGCUGAGAUGAUCAACGCGUGGUUCGGAAACUGGGCGAUGGACAUGCUCCUGACCAACCAGACCAUCGCGUCGACGUACGUCUUCUUCGACCGGCCCUUUGCGCCCGACGCGGGCAACUCGAUCCAGCUGCUCGUGUACGUCGGCCUCGCGCUCUGCGCGUACCCGGCCUUCUUCGCGCUGUAUCCCAACCUGGAGCGGCGCCGCAACGUCCGCGGCCUGCAGUAUUCGAACGGCGUCCGGCCGCUGCCGCUGUGGCUGGCCUACACGGGUUUUGACUUCCUCGUUGUGCUGGCCGGCGCCGUCAUCAGCAUCGCGCUCUUCGCCGGUCUCGCGCCCAACCUGUGGUACCACCUCGGCUAUGUGUUUCUGGUCCUGAUCCUCCACGGCUUGGCGUCGACGCUGCUCGCGUACAACGUCUCGCUGUUCAGCGCCAACCAGCUGUCCGCCUACGCCUUCACCGCGGCGGGGCAGGUCAUCAUGCUGCUCCUCUAUCUGAUCGCCUACAUGUGCGUCAUCGUGUACGCGCCCGUCAACCGCAUCGACAGCCUGAUCCUCGUCAUCCACUUUGUGCUUUCCGUCGUGGCGCCCAUCUGCUCCGUCGUGCGCGCGCUGUUCGUGGCGCUCAACCUCUUCUCGACCGCCUGCGACGGCCACGCGCUCUCGUCCCACCCGGGCAGUCUGGUGCAGUACGGCGGCCCGAUCCUGUAUCUGAUCAUCCAAUCCAUCCUGCUCUUCCUCGUCCUGGUCUGGGCCGACGGCGGCAGCGCAGGCUUUUCCGUCUGGCGCAUCUUCUCUCGCUCCUUCCGCUCCUCCUCUUCCACUACUACCCAUCCCGCCGCCGCCACAGCGCUGGACAACGAACGCGCCGCCAUCUCGGACGAAGAAGUCGCCAACGAGCUGGUCCGCGUCAAAUCCUCCUCUGCUACUGCCACCGACAAAAACAACCAGGGUGGUAAUAAUAAUAAUAAUACGACCAAUAAUCCAACCGACGGCCUGCGCGUGAUCAACCUGACCAAAACCUUCCGGGGCAACAACACGGCCGUCGACAACGUCACCUUCGGCGUGCCGCACGGCGAGGUGUUUGCCCUGCUGGGCCCCAACGGCGCGGGCAAGUCCACGACCAUCUCGGUCAUCCGCGGCGAUCUGAAACCCUCCUCCUCGGGGGGCGACGUGUUUGUCGAGGACGCCUCGGUCACGCGCCACCUCGCCGCCGCGCGCACCCACUUGGGCGUGUGCCCCCAGUUCGACGCCGUCGAUGCCAUGACCGUGGAGGAACACCUGCGGUUCUAUGCUCGGGUCAGGGGCAUUCCGGACGUGGCGCACAACGUCUCGGCUGUCUUGAGAGCAGUCGGGUUGGCGGCCUUUCGCGAUCGGCAGGCGCAUGCCCUGUCCGGGGGCAACAAGCGGAAGCUGAGCCUGGGCAUCGCGCUGAUGGGGAAUCCGACCGUGGUGCUGCUCGACGAACCCAGUUCCGGGCUGGACGCGGCGGCGAAGCGGGUCAUGUGGCGCACGCUGGCGGCGACGGUGCCCGGCCGGAGCAUCCUGCUGACGACGCAUUCCAUGGAGGAGGCGGACGCGCUGGCCGGGCGGGCGGGCAUCCUGGCCAAGCGCAUGCUGGCCAUGGGCAGCAUCGACGCGCUGCGGGCGCGGUUCGGCGACCGGCUGCACGUGCAUCUGGUGUGCAAGGGCGCGCCGAGGACGAGUGACGAGGACGUGGAGCGGGUCCGCGACUGGGUGCGCCGCACGUUUGGCGACGCGGCCGCCGUCGAGGACAAGACAUACCACGGCCAGAUGCGCUUCAGCGUGCCUGUCGGUGCUGUCGCCGCGCAGCCGAGCCGCCGGCAUGAUGAGAUCACGUCUGCUGCUGUUGCCGGCGGACUGGCCUCCUCCUCCUCGUCGUCGUCGGGGUCAGCCAUUGGCAGGCUGGUCGUGCUCCUGGAAGAGAACAGGGAGUACCUCGGCGUGGAGCACUACAGUGUCAGCCCCACCACGCUGGACCAGGUCUUUUUGACCGUUGUCGGGCGGCAUAAUGUCCGCGAGGAGGGGUAUGAGAAUCAGGAGGGGAAGAAGAAGAAGAGCUGGUGGCGGUCUGGAAAAUAA